GAAAAGUGUGUUUCUCUGCGCUUGACUCGGCGCAGCAGAUUAUUAAUAUUUGCAAACGUUGUUGAUAAGAAAUCUUUAUAAAAUUAUACAGCUUAAAUAUAAUUCAGUGUAUUGUCGACGUCGCGCAGAAUCGAUCGUGAAACAUGUUUCUAAGAACGUGUUCAAGUAUUUUGCUUUUACUUAGUGUUAAUUAUGUUAUUGUAUGCGGCCAGUCAGCGGAUCAGAAGAGCAGAUUUGCCUUCGUUAUAGACGACACAUUGUCCAUGGCGACCGACAUCGCCGAAGUCAAAAGUAAAACUAAACUCAUAUUUGAUACAGUCCGGAAUUCCGCAGAGUCGCAGAUUGAAAAUUUUAUUUUGGUAACAUUUAAUGAUCCCGGUUUUCAGCCGGCACUGGUAACCUUUAGUGAAAGCGUAUUUAAAGCUGCUCUAGAUGCUAUCGUGGUGCACAGUGGACCGGACAACUUAGAAUGCCCGGAGAUGUCGAUGCAUGGCCUGGCUGAGGCUCUGGCACAUACCCUGCCAGGCUCCUAUAUCUAUGUGUUCACCGACGCUGCGGCCAAAGACUACGCUGACGGUCCAAAGAUUAAGAAAAUGGCACAGAAGCAAGGAACGCAGAUUACGUUCGUAUUAACACCCCCGACGUGCGGACCUUUUUACGAAAAUGACCCUAAUUACAAAGUGUAUAAAGAGCUGGCCGCUGCAACUUCGGGGCAAGUACUUCACGUCGCAAGAGGGGAAGUUGGAAAGGUCCUAGAUUUCGUAGGGAAAUCUCUAGACAAAAGACGAGCCGUUAUAGGUAGAGCGGAAUUACCACCAGGCUACAACAACAACAUCACUAUUACAGGUGACAAAGAAAUUCGUGAUGUACAAUUUUCCGUAACAGGCUUGAAGCCAAAACUAAAAAUAACGAAACCAGACGGAAAUGAAGUCAAUACAACCGACAUAUUCAAAAAUGAUAAGACUCUGGUCGUGGGAGUUGAUGGGCUUGGGUCAGGUAACCAUACAGCCAAUGUGGGCAGCGAGUCUGACACGAGCGUUGUAAUAACCGGAGUCACUAAUGUUAAUUUCCAACAUGGUUUUUCGGUAUUCAAACCGAGGUCAAUAAAUACAACAGUAACCAGACCUAUUCAAGGUAAACCGUCCUACUUAGCAAUAGAAUUAUCAACAAAAGCUAAGGAUUUUAAACUAGAUGAAGUAGAAUUAUUAGAUAUGAAUGAUAAUGUUAUUUCUGUUUGGCCGUUAAAAGAAGUGGCCACGAAUUUCUAUGUGGCCGAACAACAACUACCUCCAACUACCAUGUUCAGAGUAGCGGUGAAAGGACACAAUACUAAAACGAAUGAAAUCAUACGAAGAUUAUCUGCGACUCCCGUUGAACCUCAAACAUUAACCACGGAUGAUAAACCGGAGAACAGACGGCCCACAGUUACUUUGAUUGGAGAUACGUCAAUAGCAGUGGCAUAUGGUGACCCUGUGCAGCUGCAAUGUAAAGUUAAUGCAUAUCCUAAACCAAAACUUAUGUGGAUUGAAGAAAAAUCUGGAUUGACAGUUUCGGAAAUGAUCGUGGAAGAAGAUCUGCCUUAUGGUUACAUAAGCAUAUUAGACUUGGAACAAGUAAAGACCAAUACUUCAUAUCGAUGCCGCGCUAUCAACGAUUAUGGCGACGAUACAACUAAAGUUAGUGUUGGUGUUAAUAGUAAAGUGCCACCGAAAAUCGAUGAAUCUGUGAAACAAGUCAACGUAAUAAGGAAAGAAAGUGCUUCAAUUACGUGCAAUGUCACUGAAGGAAUACCUCAACCAGAUAUCCGAUGGAGUUACAAACGUCCCUUGACUCGAGUAUUUGUUCCACUUGAUGAUAAAUCAGAUGUUAUUCAAAUCAAUACCACGGAGCUACACAACGCAGGAAUAUACAAAUGUGAGGCGAACAAUUUGUUUGGCCGAGCCGAACACCAAAUUGAAUUAGUGAUAAAAUAUCCACCAACAAUAAGAGAUAACAGGCAAAUUGUAAAAGCUACGGAAGGUCAACGCGUCUUUCUCACGUGCAAUGCAGACGGAGUGCCCAAACCCGAUGUCAGAUGGUACUUCAAGGGACAUGAAAUCGGGAAAACUUUAAAGUUUCGUAUUUAUGCGCGCAACACGUUAAGUAUGGUGGUUUCGUUCAACAACUCAGGAAUUUAUACAUGUAAUGCCGUAAACGAAAUAGGAUCUGACACUAAAGAGGUGAAAGUCGUUGUAGAUGGUCCGCCAUUCAUUGAAACAUCUUCAGUACCCAAGACGACGACGGCUGUCGUCGGCGAUUUGAGGGUGAAUCUGCCGUGCCUUGCUACAGGCAGCCCUGAGCCCACAAUCACUUGGGCGAAGGAUGGAGUCGAAAUUCCUUCAGGAACCGAGUGGUACAAUAUAAAGAAGGACGGUACCUUAGUGAUUAAGAACGUGACCACAACCUCACAGGGCAGAUAUGUGUGUACAGCUAGAAAUUCAAAAGGGAUUGAUACAGAUUACUUUGACGUUGUUGUACGACCUUACCCCGAUGCAACUGAGAAACGUAAUGUUGUCAACCUUUUGUUGGGAUCCUCGGCUACCAUCGAAUGUGAUGUUCCACACACGUCAAACGAUCGUCUCAUUUGGUACAAGGAUACAGAAAUCGUAGCUACCGGUGAACUACAUUUGAAAGAUGUUGAAAUUGAAAGUAGCGGCGUGUACACUUGCCGCGUCAGCACGCUGUCCGGCGCCGCCAGCGCCACCACCGAGCUGAACGUCGGCUUCCCGCCAGAGUUCCUCGAACAAAGCUCUGAACAAACAGACUUUGAUUUGAACGCCGAGGCGUAUUUCUCGUGCCUAGCCGCCGGAGAGCCGAACCCGACGGCAACAUGGCUGCACGAUGGCAAAGACUUAGAGAUCACCGAUAUGGAUUACCGUGUUUACAUGACAUUUAAUGAUUUGGGACACUACAAAUGUACAGUGAGCAACUUAUACGGAACAAUAACGCGUGAUUUUCAAAUCAUCGAUACAGGAUGCACGUUAGUAAGUAGGAUAAAUAAUGAUAGCCCCGUAAUUUCUUUAAUGGAAGCUAGACUUUUGUCAGAUAAUGUCAGCAUUUUAAAAGUGUCCAAAGGGGAUGUAGUGACAAUCAUCUGUGAAAAUGGUUUUGAAAAGUAUCCUGGAACGGAAGUAGAAGCUGUUUGCGUUGAAGCUGCCACGGUCCGGAUAAUAGACGUGGAGAUUAAUUUAUCUGAUAUAAAAUGCAAGAAAACUAAGUAAUGUUAAGAAUAAUAAAUAAAGAGAAAUAAAUCGUUACCAAAAA